AAGAAUUUUUUCCGUAAAUAAAAUUACCUAAAUAAUCCUGCCGUCAUGCUUAUAAUGUCUUUGUCGUUUGGGGGUAUUUCCGUCUUUUAAGUCGCGUCGAACGGCAAACAGAAACCCACCGCCUCAUUCUUUCCCGCCCGAGCGAUGAAGAUCUCGGAGCUCUCGCCGGACCUCCGCCCCUCUCCCGGCGACCCCCAGCCCACCCUCCGCCUCCUCCUGGACGACAUCGAGUCCUCCGUCAAGGAAAUCGAAUCCCUCGACCCCGAUGACCGCUCCUUCUCCCCGUCGAGCCUCGCCGGCCGCCUCCGCCGCUCCAUCUCCCGCCUGAGCCUCCCCGCCUCGGCUCCCCUCCCAGAGCCCGCCAAGCUCCACCUAUGGAAGCUGAGCUACCGCCUCUGGAACGCCUGCAUCGACCUCUCCAACGCCGCCGAGCUCCUCCCCGCCGACGUCCCCCAUCGGAAGGCCGAACUAGCCGAGCUCCGCCAUGUCGCCGCCGACAUCCUCUUCGUCGCUGGGGUCCCCAUGGGAAUCCCGUCCGCGGGCUUCAAAUCCGCCUCCUUCUUCCACAAGACCGGUCUCCUCUGGCACGAGCUCGGCCGGUUUGAUCUCGCCGCCGGGUGCUUCGAGCGCGCCACCGAGCUGGCCUCCACGGCCCAGGUCGACGGUACCCCGCAGAUCGGCGGCGAGGAGGAGAGGAGACUCCUCCUCGACCUCAACCUCGCCAGAGCACGUACGGCGUGGGAGGUCGCCGAUCGGAAUCUCGCGAUCGCUCUCUUGAAUCGGUCCAAGAAUCUAAUCUUCGGAUCACCAUUAGGGUUUCGAGACCUGGCGGAGCAGUACCUUCAGUUCGGGAAGCUCGAUCUCUCCAAGAAAUCCUCGGAGGGGGGAUCGGACGCGUCGAAGCUUCUGACCGAGGCGUUGGAUCUGUGCGAGAAGGGGAUCGCCUCCGCACGAAGCCGCGGCGGCGGUGGAGGCGAUAACCUAGGAUUGGAGGGCUUGAAGGGACGGUGUCUCCGGUUUCUGGCUGCAGAGCGGCUGCAGGCGGAGGACUACGAGGGGGUGCUGAAGUGCGUCAAGGCUUUGAGGGCCGGUGUGGCGGUAACGCCAGGCACGGAACACCCGAGCGUAGGGUACGUGGCGAUGAAGGCGUGGCUGGGGGCGGGGAGGUUGCGGGAGGCGGAGAUGGAGCUGAUGGGAAUGAUGGCGAACAAGGAGGUUCCAGAGGCCGCGUGCGUCUCGGCUGCGGAGGCAUACCUGUCGGCGGCAGGACCAGAUGCGGCAAGAGCGGUGCUCCUGGGCCUGGCGGGGCGGUGCCAUUCCAGCGCCGCGGCGACGCUAAGGGUGGUGCGAAGGGUGGCCGACGGUGGUGGCGGAGGGAGGGCGAGGGUGGUGGCGGAGCUCACAGCAGAUGAGAGGGUGGUGGAGCUCUUCCAGGGUUCUGCAGCAGCAAAGGAACGGAGCGCAAUGCACGCGCUCCUCUGGAACUGCGGAGCUGAGCAUUUUAGAUCCAAGGAUUACGAAUUAAGCUCCGAGAUGUUCGAAAAAUCGAUGCUUUACGUACCUCGUGACGAGGAGCACCGAUCUCGUCGAUCAAACUGCUUCAGAGUACUUUCUCUCUGUCAUCUCGCCCUUGCACAGCUUGAUCGAGCCCAAGAGUUCAUCGAACAAGCCGAAAAGCUUGAACCUAACAUCAAGUGUGCUUUUCUGAAGGUAUCGCCCAUAGUCUUACUGACAAAGGCCUUGAUUCUUCAUGCACUACAUCAAAAUUUACCGUGCUCAUCUUUUCUGAAUGCCACACAGUUCAAGAUCCAUCUCCAGAAUAAGGAUGAGAAGGAAGCAAUCAAUCAGAUGCGAGCCAUGCUGGAUUGCAUCGACUUCAACCCGGAAUUCCUCACCCUCUGCACCCACGAGGCCAUCUCUUGCCAGAUCCUCCCUGUUGCCAUUGCUUCAUUGUCUGUCCUCCUCAACCUCUACUCCCCUGGCAAGAAACUGCCGAUGCCUGAAGUUGCAGUGCUUCGAAAUCUUAUCAGCCUGCUCCAUCGAAUCCCAAACAGCGAGCCGGAGAUCCUCAAAUACACCAAGUACGCUCGGGCCAGAAUGGUCGACCUUGGAGUGGAGUGUUUCUUUGGCAAGGGCGCCGUUGGUCGGCGUGAGCUGAAUUGGUUUGCAGGGAUUUCCUGGAACAUGGGGCAAAAGUCCGGAAAGGAGAAGAAUUAUGAAUCCUGUGCCAAGUUCUUCGAGUUGGCGUCGGAGUUCUACAGCGCACUUGGUGAUGAGGAUGGUGGAAACCAAGCCAUAUCUUGCAAGUCCUUAAUCAUCAGUGUAGGUGCCAUGCUCAACGCCGAGGAGCACAAGAAGGCUCCUAUGCCUGAUAGUGAUGUGAAGAAGGCCAUGGAAAUGCUUAAGAGAGCUGGAAAGAUAUUACCCCUGAUCUCAUCAGCCUCAGCUCAAGAGUCCAGAGAUCAUCAAGCAGAGAACUCGGACCUCUUCUUCCUCCACACUUACAGCACAUAUCAACUCACCGACAGACUCGACGAUGCCCGGCCGCAGCAGCUAGAACUGGUGAAGAGCUUCGCUGCUUCUAAAGCGUGCACCGCGCAUCACCUUCUCCAGCUAGGCCUUGCCGCCUGUCGGGGCGAGCAGCACAACCCAGAAGUCGCUGAAUUCGCGCUCAACGCUUCCCUCUCCGUCCUCCUUGCAUCGCCUUCUCCAGAUUACAAUCUGGUCAGCAUCGUCAUCCGGAGGCUGGCCUGCCUUGCUGCAUCCAGAGGCAACGACGGCGGCAACAAUGACGCAGCCUAUGACGUCUACAGGCAAGCCUAUCAGAUAGUUCUCGGGCUCAAGGAAGGCGAGUAUCCCGUCGAAGAGGGGAAGUGGCUCGCAAUGACGGCAUGGAACAAGUCAGGGCUCGCCGUCCGCCUGCGACAGGUCGCCACCGCAAGGAAAUGGAUGAAAAUGGGGUUGGACCUGGCGCGGCACUUGAAGGGCAUGGACAAGUACGUCGGUGGCAUGGAAGAGUGCGUUGCUAACCUUGAGAAGCUCUGUAAUCGAAGUGGUGAGGAGGGAGUUGGGAAUAGCAGAUCUUGACCUGCCUUGGUGGAUGAAGAGCAAAACUAUUCAGUUUAAAGGCAGAUUUUAAUUUGGAACUGUUCUACACAUCCAUUCUUCCGUUGUCUGAACGAUCAUUAUAUCAUAUAAUGCAACACAAAACAAAAGCCUCG